UGGCCAGCGACCUGCCAACUCGUUGCAGUGGGUUAUCAAACAGCCGGCAGAAUUAUUAACGAAAAUUGUACGCGGAAACAUUUAAUGAUUUCGUCGGUAUAGUGACCAGAACCCCGCGAUCGCCGGCGUUUGCUCUAUAAUAAGUUGAGUUAAUUGAAAUGAAAUUGCUAACAAAUGUCCGGAGGCUGCGGCCGCUGCUGACGCUGCGCCGCCAAAGGUCGCAUGACGCAAAAGCUUCGCUGGCGGCGGAGGCGCCAAGGCAACCGGUUCCAACUAGUGCCCAGCUCGAUGAGCUGGAGCGGAAUGUGGUGCUCCGUCAACACCAAAACAAUUUGCCGCUGAUCCGCUCCCUCGUGGAGCAGGCGAAGGACGGCGAUCCGGACACUCUGAGCAGGCUGCGCUCAGAGUUGGAGCAGCUGCCCAAUGCCACGCAUCCACGACUGCAGGACUACGGCGUGGAGCCGCGGGAGCUGGCCCAGUACGUGCACAGAGAAUUGCCGCCGCAGGCCAAUCUAAAAGAGUUCUCCGAGCUGGCCCGCUCCCUUAAUCUCUUCCGGAUGGAUCAUUUGGGCAACUAUACGGGCCACAAGAGCUACUACUUGACCGGCCAAUUGGCCAUGCUGGAGCAGGCCAUCAUACAGUACGCACUCCAAGCGGUCACGGGUCACGGGUUCAAGCUAAUCUCCGUGCCUGACAUCCUACCGCGCGAAGUGAUCGAAUCCUGUGGCAUGCGCACCGAGGGCGAGCGCACCCAGGUCUACAAGCUGGACACUGGCGAGUGCCUGUCGGGCACGUCGGAAAUGGCGCUGGCCGGAUUAUAUCAGGGCAAGCAGCUUUCGGAGGAGCAGCUUCCCCUUAAGGUGACCGCCGUCAGUCGCUGCUAUCGCGCCGAGACGUCUGGACUACAGGAGGAGAAGGGCAUAUAUCGGGUGCAUCAGUUCACCAAGGUAGAGAUGUUUGCCAUCUGCACGGCCGAGCAGUCGGAAACCGAGCUGGAGGAGUUUAAGAACAUCGAGUUGGAUCUUUUUCGGUGUCUGGGCCUUAACUUUCGGCUGCUAGACAUGCCACCAUGUGAGCUGGGCACUCCGGCAUACCAGAAGUACGACAUCGAGGCAUGGAUGCCAGGCCGUCAGAUGUGGGGCGAACUCUCGAGCUGCAGUAACUGCACCGACUACCAGGCCAAGCGGCUGGGCAUCCGGUAUCGCCGCUCAAGCGACGGACAGGUCCUGCAUGCCCACACCAUCAACGGCACAGCUACUGCCAUUCCCCGACUGCUGAUAGCCCUGCUGGAGUCGUACCAGCGGAGCGAAGGCAUCGAAAUACCCGCUGUGCUGAGGCCCUUCAUGGACGGACAGGAGCUGAUCACGCGGAACAAGCGGAUACCCGAGACCAAGCUGGUCAAGUUCAUCAAGGCCCAGAUCUAGCACUGUUUUUGUACCAAACUCUUGAAUAUUAUGAUUAAAGCCCGCGGAAUAUUUUGAAGCACACUCCCCGAAACCCUUAUCGCCUCCGUCCGACCGAUCCCAUGGAUAACGCAUAGCACUUAAUCACACUCAUUAAUCACCGCGAUUGGUUAUUGAAUUACAAAACAGUGGUUGGUGUUGUGUUGGCGUUUCUACUCACCCUUCGACUCCGCCAAAAUACUUCAUCCUGAUUCUAAGAUAGCUGGCGGCCGGAACGAGUCCCAACCUGAAUGUGGCUCUGUGGUGCGAUGGAGGCGAUUCCUGUAAGACAAAAACAAGUGCAAUUAAGCAAUAAACAGUUUGCUGGAUUAAUUGAAACAAUCAA